UUGACGAAAACGAGUCGUAUUUAAAACAUGAGUUAGCGUAUCAAUUAAAUUGGUAUUCCUCUUUGUCCAACCUUACGCCACUGCGAAGAACGAUCAAUUAGAACCAAAACUAGCAAUGUAUCCAAGCGUUAAAGCAAAAGACAAAACUGUUAACUGCAAGGAAAGUGGUUCUUCUCUGAACUCGGUUUAUCUCCAAUCUCGUGCCUCUGAGAAUAAGAAAGAAGAAGAUUUGCAUAUAAUUGUGGCAAAGAUUCCUAAGAUAUACAUACCAAGUGUCCUCAUGCCGGAAGGAGAAUCCAAGGACAUGAAAAAGCAGAUCAGGGGAGCUGAAAUCGAACGGAUUCAAAAACACAAAAUUAGUUCUGUGUUACGCCCACGCGCUGUUGUAUCAAGUCCUGAUAAUGACGCAUUGAUUGGAAGCAUAAACAAAAGCGAAGAGAGUAAAGCUAAGAAGAGUUUAAAGAGUAACGGUCAUGUCUCAAACAGAGUUUCACAGCGUAAGAAUAUUGAUAUCAAUGUGACGGUUUCUAAUCGCACAGUCGCUACGAAAUCGGGAACCCGUUUGAAGGAUCACAAAUGAUUAACUUGUUUAUUGAUGAUCUUAUAAUUUCUUUCAUGGUUUCAUAAAUAA